AUGGUUUUCAUGCUGGAUGACGAGGGCACCCUGAGAGUCAGCGGGCGCCUAAAACAUGCAAUUUUGGAUGCCGACCAACAACAUCCAGUCAUUUUGCCGCCGCAAUCUCACCUGACUCACCUGGUGAUUGACGCCGCCCACAGACGUACAUUUCACGGAGGAGUCCAGGCCACCUUAGCUCACAUCAAGCAGCGAUUUUGGAUUCCGCGAAGACGCCAACUGGUUCGCCGCCACAUCCACAGCUGCCACCCAUGCGUCCGAUGGCGGGCGGCUACUCCACGGCCAAAGAUGGGCGACCUGCCGAGACCGCGCGUCACUCCGAGCCGUCCAUUUCAGCACACCGGCGUGGACCUCGCCGGCCCGGUGUGGCUCAGAACGACGAGAGGCCGAGGACACAAGGCCUACAAAGGCUUCCUAGUUGUAUUCGUGUGUUUCAGCUCCCGCGCCGCGCGGACCGACAGCUCAGGGACUUCUUCAAGGCUGCUGGCCGUGAGAUCCACACUAUUGUCGGGCACCUUGCAGACCGAGGAGUACGGUGGAGCUUCAAUCCACCGGCAGCUCCACACUUCGGCGGCCUGUGGGAAGCAGCUGUCAAGGCUGUCAAGCAUCACCUGCGACGCACCAUCGGCGAGGCCAGACACCUUUGAGGAACUGUCGACGUUUCUCACAGAGGUCGAGGCCUGCCUCAAUUCAAGGCCGUUCGAGGCCUUGACUGACGACCCGGACGACCUCGAUGCCCUGACGCCUGAGCAAUUCUUGGUGGGAGACACUCUUUUCGCCAUCCCGGAGCCGUCACUCCUGGACUUCCCAACCAAUCGGCUGAAUCGGUGGCGUCUCCUGCAGCAGAUGCGGGACCACCUGUGGCAGCGGUGGACCCGCGAGUAUCUGCAGUACCUCAGCCCGCGGCCCAAAUGGUGGGCCACUCGUGGAGCCAUUCUCGAAAGCCAGUUGUGCCUCGUCAGGGGCGAGAACACCUUGCCGUGCCGGUGGCCGCUUGCUCUGGUCACGCGCGUGCACUCAGGCAAUGGUCCGCACAAUGGUCCGCAGCAUAACGCAUGCGCGGAUUUUGAACUUAUCAUAGAUGUUUAUUAG